CCACGCGGUUCCUGGUCCUGGACUCUGGUUCCUAAAGCUACUGACCGGGAAAGUGAGGCUCAGGCGGGGAGGGGCGCCCCCCAAACCCCGGGGGAACCUGUUUCCUUUCCUUGGAUCCGCUGUGAAAGGCUGGGUCCCCGGCCAUCGGCAUCUUCCCUGAGCCUCCAAUUUUUCCAGCAAGGGGGUGAUCGAGGCGACAUUUAGGACUUGGGCGUGAGAGAGAGUGGCUGUUCUUGGUCCCUAGUUACAUGAGGACCUGCAAACUAGGGGUGUAGCCUAGGUGACGCCCGCCUUGGCUGAGGUGGCGCCGGGAUUUGGACCCGAGUCCAGCAGAGUCCAGCCUUGGGUUUCGCGAGGCCCUGGAGAACCAAGAUGAUCCACUCUUUGGUUUGUCCGGAGACAGUGAGCAGGGUGAGUUCGGUGCUGAAUCGCAACAGCCGGCAGUUUGGAAAGAAGUAUCUUUUUGACCAAGACGAAGAGACGUGCUGGAACUCGGACCAGGGCCCCUGCCAGUGGGUGACACUGGAAUUUCCCCAGCGCAUCUGUGUCUCCCAGCUGCAGAUCCAGUUCCAGGGGGGCUUCUCCAGUCGCCGGGCCCGCCUGGAAGGGUCACAGGGGAGUGAGGCCCUCCACAACAUUGUGGACUUCUACCCCGAGGACAACAACUCCCUUCAGACAUUCUCUGUGCCGGCUGCUGAGGUGGACCGCUUGAAGGUGACAUUUGAAGACACCACUGACUUUUUUGGCCGUGUAGUCAUCUACCACUUGAGGGUGCUGGGGGAGAAGAAGUGCUGGGGAUGAAACUCAGGGCCUCACGGGACAGGCAUGUGCUCUACAACGGAUCCUCACUCCUGGCCUCAGAAAUGUGUUCCCUGCCCCCUUGUGGUACCAGGAAUCAGACCCAGGGGCACUCUGAGCUAUAGCCCCAUCCCUUCUUAUUUUUGAGACAGGGUCUCACUAAGUUGCCCAGGCUCGCCUUGUAAUGCAUUUCUUGAGCCUUUUGGAGUUAUAAAAGACUUC